CACUCCCGGCCCUGCCAGGCCGCAGGACGCGGGCGGUGGGGCUGUGGGCGGGAGAGGACGCGGGUCCCCACCGGGCUGCACGGCUCGGGCCCUGGGGCGACGCGCCGGGAGGAGGAGGGGUCGGGGCGAGCGCCUCCCCGAGGCCAGGAGGCGGGGCGGGGCGCCUUCGGGAAACGCCGGGCACGACGGGCCGGCGGAGGGGCGGCAGCCGCCGCACGGAGGCUCCUCCCCCGGCGACCACACGGGCUGCUUGCGUUUCCUCUCGUGACAGGUGCUCGGUGGGUCUGUCCUUUCUCGGCGAGGGAUGCAUCGUCCUCGCGAGAUUCGUCCACGGGCAGAGCGCGGCCGAGGCUGGCGUCAGGGCUUCUCGGGAGCCGCUGUGCUCAGGGCUUAGGCUCUGUGUGAGGUCUGCGGCCAGACGCCCUUCCCCGCCCAGGCUUCCAUCACCCAGGCUGCGGCCCUGGCCGGGGAGGCCUCGUCCCUCGUCAUCUGUUCUGCUUCCUGGGCCGGGCGGCAGUUCGGGGAUGAGGUGCCCUGAUUCAGCCGCAGCGCUGACACAGGUUCCUGCGGCCGGAGGCAUCUUUUUGUGCCUCCCGUUAGCUUGAAUGCCCCUUUGCAGUGGCCUCUAACUGUUUGAGCAGUUUUCUGGCCUGGGGCCUCCUGCAUCUAUGGAUUUGAAACUUGGUUUCUUGACUUGGUUCUUCAGGGAGGAGGGGGAUGUUUAGACAGCUGCCAAGGCCCUCAGUCGGUGAGGGUUGCUUUCCAGGGGUGUCCAUGCCUAGCAACACGUCUGGAUAUAGAAGUUAGGACGAAGGGUCAUGUUGAGGGCUUGGGUUACUCAGGCCAUCUGGACUCUGUUUCCUGGGCCCGGUCCUUUACACUUGCCCUGGUGUUUAUUGAGGAGCAUCUGUGCGUCCAGCUCCUCUCUGCUGCUGCGCAGGGUCCUGGGACAGCCUGCAGUAGCUUCUGAGGAGGGUACGGGAGUGAACUGUGAUGCAGCUUCCAGCCCUCUCCCCGGGAUCCCACCCUUCUAGUGCUUGUGGAGGGGGAGGGGCCAGAACCUUAUUUUACUUUUGAGGGAGGAUCUCUCAUAAGCUGCUUUGUAAUUUGAGAGGCCUGAAGUAAGGGUGGGGGAGGCCCUGCAGGCAACAGCUGUCAAAGCACACCAGGUGGGCGGGUCCUCUCUGGGGCCAUGCUAUUCCCCGCUGCUUGAUGGCUUUGUUUUCCUAAACAGGCCCCCGUGCUUCUGGAGUGUGGGAACGGGUGUGUGUGUGUGUGUGGCCUUGUACCCCUUUGCACUCUGCCUAGCCCGUUGCCAGGCACCUAGCACUUACUCUUCAGAGCUGUGGUCCCACUGACCACUGACUGGCAGGCACUGGGCUGGGCUUUCCUGCUACUAGUGUGUGGAGGAGUCUGUGGCAGGUGGUAGCCUGGGGUCUGUCCUCCCACUGAAGGUCUCUUCCCUGCAGGUGGCCUCCUGCCCUGCCCGGCGCCAUGCACACGCUUGUGUUCUUGAGCACGCGGCAGGUGCUCCAGUGCCAGCCCGCGGCCUGCCAGGCUCUGCCCCUGCUCCCACGCGAGCUCUUCCCCCUGCUGUUCAAGGUGGCCUUCAUGGACAAGAAGACUGUUGUGCUACGCGAACUGGUGCACACAUGGCCCUUCCCCCUGCUCAGCUUCCAGCAGCUGCUGCAGGAGUGUGCCCAUUGCAGCCGGGCCCUGCUGCAGGAGCGGCCCAGCACAGAGAGCAUGCAGGCUGUGAUCCUGGGGCUCACAGCCCGGCUCCACACCCCAGAGGCUGAGGCUGGCACACGGUCUUUCUGCAGGAAGCAUGCACUGCGGGUGCUGGACAUGACGGGCCUCCUGGACGACGGUGUGGAGCAGGACCCCGGCACCAUGAGCAUGUGGGACUGCACAGCAGCCGUGGCCCGCACAUGCAUCGCGCAGCAGCAAGGCGGGACUGUGGAGCCUGGGCCGAGCCCCGCUCCCGUGGAGGUGCGUGUGGACCUUCGGGUGAACCGGGCCUCUUAUGCGUUCCUGCGGGAGGCCCUCCGUAGCAGCGCAGGCAGCCCGCUGCGGCUCUGCUGCCGGGACCUGCGGGCUGAGGACCUGCCCAUGCGAAACACUGUGGCCCUGCUGCAGCUUCUGGAUGCAGGCUGCCUGCGCCGUGUGGACCUGCGCUUCAACAACUUGGGGCCUGCGGUGGGCCUGUCCGUCAUCAUCCCACACGUGGCCCGUUUUCAAACUUUGGCCAGCCUUCGGCUUGCACUAAUGUACACGGGGAACUCACGGCAGCCCUCCGUGGAUGGCGAGGACAACUUCCGAUACUUCCUGGCCCAGAUGGGCCGCUUCACUUGUCUGCGGGAGCUCAGCAUGGGCUCCUCUCUCCUCUCAGGGCGGCUGGACCAGCUGCUCAGCACUCUGCAGAGCCCCCUGGAGAGCCUGGAGCUGGCCUUCUGUGCUCUGCUGCCGGAGGACCUGCGCUUCCUGGCACGCAGCCCCCAUGCCGUCCACCUCAAGAAGUUGGACCUGAGUGGCAAUGACCUGUCGGGCAGCCAGCUGGAGCCGUUCCAGGGCCUGCUGCAGACGGCGGCGGCCACACUGCUGCACCUCGAGCUGACUGAGUGCCAGCUUGCUGAUACCCAGCUGCUGGCCAUGCUCCCUGUGCUGACCCGCUGCGCCAGCCUCCGCUACCUCGGCCUCUAUGGCAACCCACUGUCCAUGGCAGGUCUUAAGGAGCUCCUGCGGGACUCGGUGGCACAGGCCGAGCUGCGCACAGUGGUGCACCCCUUCCCUGUGGACUGCUAUGAGGGCCUGCCCUGGCCGCCACCUGCCUCUGUUCUGCUGGAGGCCUCCAUCAAUGAGGAGAAAUUUGCCCGUGUGGAGGCUGAGUUGCACCAGCUGCUGCUAGCCUCAGGCCGUGCCCACGUGGUCUGGACCACGGACAUCUAUGGUCGCCUGGCUGCAGACUACUUCAGUUUGUGAUCUCUGGGCUUCUGGGUGAGAAACAGGCUGUCCCAGAGUCCAGGGCUGCUGGAGGCCCCUCCCCCUCCUGGGUAGGCACAGCCUUGGCUGGGACCCUGUUAGAGGCCUGACGCAGAGGCACUGGUGUCUGGGUUUGUGCCCCUCGGGUGCACCUUGACCCUCCCGGCGCAGUUUGCCCUGCACUUGCUCCCCUGACUGUUCACCCGUCUGUGGGCCUGAGGUCUGAAUUCCAGCCCUGCCCAGCCCUGCUUGCUUAGUCUGCACUUGGCUACCCUCUGGUGUCCUCGUCCUCUUCAGAAUGCUCCUGGGGUCCCAUCUCUGAGCUGAGAGGGUGUUCCCUCUGGGCCCUUUUCCAGAGCAGACUGCCCCUGUUGCAGUUGGGACUGGCCUGCUUCAAGGAGGUUGGCCCUCUGCGCUGGGGCCUGUCAUGAUUUCCCUGCCCUGGCACUCAGGAGACUGUUGGCUGGGCUUUGGGGCCAGACCUGUUAUUACGGUACAAAUGCGCAGUGUGUUUGGAACUUAAAUUUGUGGCUGUUUUUCUGUC